GCAGUCGACAGUCAGUAUAGCUGCCGUGGUGCUGAGGGCCCGACGAACAACAGCCUCGUUUCCUGGGCCGUGCACAACCGUUCUCAUUCAAGAAUAUAUAUCAUUCUGAGCUUUGAAACCAGUCAACGCUUUGUGUAAACGCUUGACAAAGAGACGUCAAUAGUUAUAUAUAAGAUGGUUAUGUCAUGAAUGACUUGUUGACUCCGUGUAAAGAGUCCAAGAGUGUGAAGGUCAGUUAUCCGGUCAUGACCUCGUAGAGUGGCAUCCGCCUUGUCUGUUGCUUGUCAUUGUAAACACAGCCACGUGGCUUCUCACAACCUCGUAAGUUCCCUCACCAAGGGCAUGCAACAUGUCAACGACCCCAUUGUUGUUGUCAAUACAUAUCUUGUGAGACGGUAAGUGCAUUCCUCGGUAUUUACACACGCCAGAAAAAGACGACUGAAGAGGAAUAUUGCAUAAGACUAACGGUAUAGCUUUCACUCGAGAUUUGUAUAUAAACAAGAAGUUUGAUUAUAGUGUUGUUGGAGUGACACUACACCUGUUUGCUAUUAGUGCCGCGAGCUCCACUACUGACGACGAGAAACGACUGCCAGUUGUGUGUGUGGGGGGAAAAGCUCGCAGCCUUUGUUACACUGGUAGUUACUGCUUGAUUUCGCGUGUGCCAUCAGAAACGCCACUUGCACCACUCUCUUGCUCCACACCCAGCCUCCGGCGGCACACCUCACAGACCAGCAGUAGGGACUGGCCAGCCAUGAUGGGGACCGUGGUGGUGGUCCUGGUGGCCGCUGUGGUCCUGGUGACGGGGCAGGAGCAAGAGAGCUCUCUGGGCUUCUUUGGCAACGUCAUGUCCGGCCUGCGCGACCUACCUAUUAUCGGCAACGUCCUGCGGGCUGCUGUCCAUCCCAUCUACAGGCCGCUCGUCAGCCAGUUCCAGCCCAGGACCAACAGCAGUCAGUUGUACUCCUCAGGAGAGGGCGAGGACGAGUUCAAUGAACUCUGCUUCGAGGAUCUGGGCUGCCUCUUUACCCACGAGGACUUCUUCCACCCCAUCCACCGGCCUCUUAACCUCCCACCGUACACCCGGGAGGAGAUCCACGUCGUCUUCACCGUCUACUCCAAGGAGGACAGCCUCGGCACCUCCCUCGAGGCCACCAACCUUACCAAAGUCCACAAUACAACCUUUAACCACAAGAGAAAGACUAAGAUAUUGAUUCAUGGGUUCUUGGACAACUCUGGCGUAACGUGGAUGCUAGACAUGGUUCGAGCCCUCCUGCAGUACGAGGACUUCAACGUGGUGACGGUGGACUGGUCGGGCGGGUCUCAAUCCCUCUAUUCACAGGCCACCGCUAACACUCGAGUGGUCGGCCUCGAGGUCGCUCACUUCAUUAACUGGCUCAAGGACAACGUUGGCCUCGAUCCAAGUGACGUGCAUAUUAUAGGUCACUCCCUUGGCUCUCACACUGCAGGGUACGCCGGGGAGCGGGUGUCUGGACUGGGGAGGAUCACCGGAUUGGACCCCGCUGAGCCCUUCUUCCAGUACAUGCCGGCCAGCGUCCGUCUGGACCCCUCCGACGCCCUCUUCGUCGACGUCAUUCACACCGACGCAGACUCCAUCUUCUACCUGGGUACUGGCUACGGGCUGCGGCAGCCGGUGGGUCACUUGGACUUCUAUCCAAACGACGGUCGUGGUCAACCAGGCUGUGACUCCCUCAGUAGAGUUCCUCUCUCAGCCCUCACCGACGGCCUCAGCAUCGACGAAGGUCUGGACGCGGCACAGAAGGAGCUGAUCGCAUGUAACCAUAAUAGAGCGCCAAAGCUCUUCACCGACUCUAUCCUCUCGACGUGUCCCUACACGGCCUUCCGCUGCCAGUCUUACCAGCAGUAUCUGGACGGAAAGUGCACAAGCUGUGGGGACGACGGAAGCGGUUGUGCUCAGCUGGGGCUGCAUGCGGACCAGUGGCCAGCCGGGAACCAGAGCCUCGUCACCUUCUACCUCUCUACCGCCGGCCCCCCUAACUACUGCCUGUAUCAUUACCGGUUGGUGUUGGAGUUUGCGGAUCCUGAUGCGGUGAAGGGAGUUCUUAGGGGGAAGGUCAAAGUGUCUUUCAUUACCGACGAUGGCAGCAUCCAGGAUUUUGACCUCUCAGCAAAUGGACCCGUUAGCUUCACCCGCGGGAAGGCGUACUCGUUCUUCCUGUACCACCACGAGGAUUUGAGCAGUGCCAGCGAGGCCCUCGUCCAGUGGACCUACGAAGCAGACAUGUUCAAUCCUCUGAGCUACUGCGUCCUCUUCUGCGACACCAGUCUGCCCCUGGCCAGGCUGUCCUUCGUCAGCGUCGACCACCAAGCGACCGGUGAUGUGAGCAUCAUCCCAAGAGAGGCUGUGAUGUGCCACCAGCAAGGUCAGGAUGUGGUGAAGAUAGAGAGCGAGGCGACGGUGAAGGUGGUGUCCUCGCCCGCCUGCUACAACAUUACCAGCAAGGAAGUCGCCUCUUGGGACAACAACAGUAGCCCCGCUGAACUACUGAACGCUGGCAUUGCCUCCAUAACAUCCAUGUUCCGUAUCAGGUAGAGAAUACUUUUGUGCAUCAACCUGAUAUUUACACAAGAUAAUUACAGAUCUGGGGCCAGAUUCACGAAAGCACUUACGCAAACACUUACGAACCUGUACAUCUUUUCUCAAUCUUUGGCGGCUUUGUUUCCAAUUAUUAAACAGUUAAUGAGCUCCGAAGCACCA